AUGGGGAGCGGCGCGCGCGCUCGUUCGCGGUCGUUCAAGCCGCGGGAUAACUUCGCGGUGGAGGAGUCCCACCGCGCGUCGACCUCACCUCCCGGGGAGACGAGCGGCGGCGGCGGCGCGGCGUCGCUCGCUGCGGCGAGGCUCUCGUUUGGCCACGGCGCUUCGUCCGAUGGGAUUCGGGGAUCGGGGCUGGGUCCCGCCGCCUCCGUCGCGGGCGAGCCGUGUCGAGCUUGCAGGGCCGCGGGGGCGUCCACGUCCGGUACGCACCGCGGCGGCGCGACGGGGAGGAGCCCACCGCGGAUGAGCUCCGAGCUCGCGCGCGCGCUCGCCGCCGACGCGCAGGUGGCCGUCGCCAUCGAUCAACCCCACGCUGUCGCGGACGACGACGAGCCGGGGGGCGACGCGCAGCCGCGAUGCACGUGCGGCAGGGGGUGGAACGAACGCGUCAGGAGGCUGAGCGAGACCAUCGCGCAGGGACUCGUCGCAGCGACGGUGCCCGCGACGCGCGGUGCCCACGACGCGACGAACGAACGAAUCGGAAUCGGAAUCGGAACCGCCGGCGGGGGAGGCGUCAGUGACUCACCGACGUGCGACGACGACAUCCUCCUCUACGACGGCAGCGACGAGGGGAGGGCGCGGGAGGAGGCGGCGUCGGUGGCGGAGACACGCGGCGAAGAGCCCGGUGACUCACCGACCGGUGACUCACGGCCCGGUGACUCACCGGGAGGCGGUGACUCACCGGGAGUCAUCCCGUGCGACGCGUGUCCGUCGUGCGACGACGCGUGCGGCGUCCAAAACUGCGCGACGUGCGGCGGCCCGCGCGGGUAUCGAACCGGAGACGUCGAGGCGCUGAACGGUGGAUCUUAUCGCAUGGCGCCCCCGGAGGAGGUGGCGGCGGCGGUGGACAUCGCGACGGCGGCGGCGGCGAACCCUCGACGAACGGGAUGGGGUCGAAGCGUCGGAGCCACGGACGACGACGCGCUAAACCCAAAACUAAACCUAGGGACGGGGGGUUUGCUCGUCGCGGGUGAUACUAAGGGCAAGAAGAGACGGGAGAGCGUGCCGCUGACGUGCUGCCAGGUGAGACGUCAUCGCCACGAGGGAUCGCUGUGGCUCGUCGCCAACGGCAGGGUCUACGACGCCACCCUGUUCAUGUACGAUCACCCGGUGGGACCCGCGCCGAUGCUGAGGGGCAGCGGGCGGGAUAACACGGAGGACAUGGAGAUGCACUCGGGGGCGGCGCAGCGCGCGUGGCGGCGGCUGAGAAUCGGGCACCUCGUGCCGUGCCCGGCGGCGGGAUACGGGUAUUUCAACCCGCCGCCGCGAGAGAGCCGGUGCGCUAUCCAGUGA